AUGCGGUUCCUGGUCAUAUUGGCCUUGUGUUUCUACGCACAGGCAGAUUUGAUCGUUCUCGAGGACACGAGCGAUAGCAUUAAGUACUCCAAUAGUGGUCCGAGUUGGACAGCUGCGAAUCCGAGAGGCGGAGGCGGUGAUAGACUCGGAAGUGCACAAAAUGACAGAGAAAGGUUUAGUGGUAUGAAUUGGCAUGAGUCUUAUGGAGAUGGUGCAUCUUUCUCGUUCACCUUCACCGGAACUCGCGUCAUAUUGACUGGAGCAAGUGCUUUGAAAUACUAUAAUACCCGGAUCAAUGGCUACAUUGAUGGCGAGCUCAAGGCACAAUACGAAAACGUGGUCUCCAGCGUAGAAACGACUGUUGCACCCCUACAAGACGGGUACAGCGGUUUCAACUACCAUUACGCCAUCACAAUGCUUGAUAUUGGGAAUCUUUCGCCUGGCCAGCAUACCUUUAGGGCAGUCUCUGUUGGCGCAAAUUCCCUAUUCGUUGUGGAUACCAUUCAAUACGAGCCCAGCGACGCUGCACCUUCUACAACCUCGGCACCGACCUCCUCUUCUUCUCGUACUAGCUCGAGCUCUUCAAGCCAGACCUCCAGAACAAUAGAUACACAAUCCGUCAACUCAACCACGUCGUCACAGUCCACCACAAGAUCUUCGUCUUCGUCCUCCUCACAUAGCUCCAUCUCGACGUCAACAUCAUCAUCAUCAAGUGAACCUGCCAUCUCACUGAUGGAUGUCAAGCCAUCCGACUCACGCAUUAUAUACUUUCCAACCGAUGCAUGGAGUGCCAACUCUGAUAGGAGAAGGGCCGAAUCAUGUCUAACAGGCACAAUGUCCUCGACAACGCCUGGCUCGUCUCUCUCCUUCAAUUUUACCGGGUCAGCUUUGCAACUGUACACCAUUGCUUCAGAGAAUGGUGGCCGGUACAGUGUGACACUGGAUGGCCAACCAAGGGGUACAUUCGACACACACGCCGACACCACGCAACCAUCGCAAUGUAGCCUCUCAGCCCAGUUCACCAUUCAAGAUUUGGAUAGCUCGGAGCAUUCGCUUGUUAUGAAGGUUGAAGGUCCGUCUAGUGGAUCUAAUCAGACAACUCUCCAAUUCGUUGGAUUCCGUCUCUCAUCUUCGAGCAUAUCACCUGCAGUUAGCAACCCCCAGACUGAAACGCACUCCAAGCCACCACUUGGGCCGAUUAUUGGUGGCGUCGUGGGUGCUCUUGCUCUGCUGGCGAUCACCGCUUGUGCGCUCUAUUUCCUCAAAAAGCAGCGGAAACAAGAUCAUCACCAAGAACAUGAUCCCAACACGCCUGAUUCCUAUUUCGUUGCAUCUUUUGGCGUCGAACCAAUGUCGACUUCAGGGGGGAAGCGAUCCAUGCCUUUUGGUGGUCACAAAAAGCCUCACCUUUUCGAAACUGCAAGCGACUCGACUGUCUCGCAUGACCAUGCGCUGCCCGUUGCCCAAUCGGGAUCUUCACACGAGGAUAGCUCUUCUAAUUCGGAUAAUUUGUUACCCCAGCCGCCAUCGUCCCAAACAUACUCGCAACCUCGACCACUCUGGGCAAACCCCGUCACGCCCUCACAGUAUUCCCAAUCACAUACUCAAGCUAUUAACACACCCUAUCCGAACACUGCUGCUGUUGACCCCGAGACUGCGUCGAACGCCGACCGUGCGACUUAUUAUACCUUACCCUCGUAUCAUGAGCGGGUAUUGGAAGGUGCAGGGCGGAGAGGAAGAGAGCUGUCCGAGGCAGACGUGGACGCGAUUUCGAGGAGACUGAGGGAGGUGAUGAGGCAGAGUGGACAUAUGCCGCUAGAACCCCCGAGGGAGCUGGUGGAUCACUUGGUAGAGCAACAGCUUGGGCCGCGAUAG